CCAGAACCCACGAUGUUUCACCAGACCCUAGACUUUGAGCAGAACUUCUCUUGUGAAGCAGCUUUUAUCUACUGUAACCAGAACCUCUCCGGGAAUCAUCUCCAAUUGCCAAGUUUCACCACCGCAGCAAAAAUCCGAGUGACCAUUACUUUGAUAUUGUGUAUUAUCUCUGCAUGUAGUAAUCUUGCCGUGCUCUGGGCAUCAAACAGCAACAGCAAAAGGAAAUCUCACGUGCGGCUUCUAAUCACGAACCUGGCUGUGGCAGACUUACUUGUGACCUUUAUCGUAAUGCCAUUGGACGCAGUGUGGAAUGUCACUGUGCAGUGGUUGGCAGGAGACCUUACCUGUAGAAUUCUCAUGUUCCUGAAACUUUUGGCCAUGUAUUCAUGUGCUUUUGUCACUGUUGUCAUCAGUCUGGACCGACAGUCUGCCAUCCUUAACCCUCUGGCCAUCAACAAAGCCAAGAGGAGAAAUAAGAUCUUGCUGACUAUCGCAUGGGGCAUGAGUAUUGUCUUGUCCAUCCCUCAGGCAUUCUUUUUUCACCUUGUGACCAUCAGUUCUCCAGAGCGUUUCACCCAGUGUACGACACAUGGCAGCUUCACGUUCCACUGGCAGGAAACACUGUACAACAUGCUUACCUUCAGCUUCCUUUUCCUGCUGCCUCUCAUCAUCAUGAUUACCUGUUACACUAGAAUCCUGCUGGAGAUCUCCAAGAGAAUGGCCAAGGACAACAUGAUCUCCAGUGAAGUGCGUCUGCGCAGAUCCAAGAACAACAUCCCAAAAGCACGUAUGCGCACACUGAAGAUGAGCGUUGUCAUUGUGAUUUCAUUUGUGGUGUGCUGGACUCCGUACUACCUUCUUGGUCUGUGGUACUGGUUUUGUCCCACAGGACUGGAGGAAGCUGUCUCCCAUUCUCUCUCUCACAUUCUCUUCAUCUUUGGCCUGUUCAAUGCCUGCCUGGACCCAAUAAUCUAUGGUCUGUUCACGCUACCGCUUCAUCGAAGCCUGAGGGGUCGUUAUCGUGGUAACACUUCAGUGCAGCUGGAACUGGAGACCACCAACACUAUGAUGGUGGAUUCUUUCAGAUGUUCUGUUUCCUCUGUCACCUGGAAGAGAUCAAUGGCUCUGACAACCCAUAGCGGGCAGACCGAAAGGAUCACAAAGUUUCCUAAUGAGGAUAGUAAAGAUGAGGCAGACUGUGAGCGUGGUGUUGUUUGUCCUUGCCCUUACAGCAGUGACAAACUGAUUGAUUGA